GAUCCGUUCGGGGGGGCCCACCUGCUCUCUGCUGUGCUCCCGACAAGUCGGCAGUCCGUCAGCAGAUCGCGCACGCGUUUGUUUGUCGUGUGUCACCCAUCGCCGUCGGCGUCGUCAAAACAUAUCGUUUGCAACGUGACUUUCUUCGCGUGCCUUCACCCAGGUCGUCGGUCAACUAAACAAAUCGAAGAUUUGUAAAGUGUAUUCUUGUUGAGUAUGAGACAUUUCCAGAUCUUAGGAUGUGUUUUGAGGUUCCGGACAGCAACAAAUACUAAUAUAUCGAAGAAUUGCAAGGAAAAAUAUCAAUUCGUUCCAGUUCCAUGAAGCAAAUUGUAAACUUGAAAGUGCAUAUCAUUAAGAGGCAGCUGCUGCUGGUGGCUCCGGAACUGCCAUUAAAUUCCAUUGAAACAAUGGCAAGGCAACGGCAGUAGUGCUAUAAGCAAAGCUAUCGAUAGCGCCGACAAAGAGCCAAGUAGGAAGAAAAAAAAAACUUGCAAAAGUGGUGAAUAAAUAUCAAAAACGUGACACCAAAAGUGAAGAAAGAGAGUCGCGGGAAAAAAAGUCAUCGGCAGUUCAAAGAAUGCAACAAAAAACGAACUCUCUGCUAGAGCCUUAAAUAGCAGUGAGUACAAAACGAAAGAAAGAAAGAAAAAAACGGCCAGAUGUGAAAUGCAGCGUGAUUAAUUGAAAAAUGAUAAAGUUCUUCGCUGGCAGUAAGUUUCAAGUGGAGGAAAAAAAACGAAAGAGAGUGUGAGUGACGAAAAAUCGCGAAGAUGAUUCCCGGCACAUGGCGAGAGGAAAAAGUUUUGAUCUGAAGAAUCUUGACAGUUCAUCUGAUAGUGGUGCCAAAGUGCAGCAGCAUCAGUUGCAGCGCUCGCUGGACCAGAAAGAGACGGGGCGAGAUCGGGAAGGAAAGAAAAACGGCAUUGAAGUCUCCUCAGCACGAAUCAUGAUGACCGCGGAAGCACCUCCGACCACCACCACAACCACCUCUUCAAACCAUAACCUCAACAACAAUAACCUGAACCAUCACCAUCACCUGUUUCCAACGGAUCGACUCAGUGCUCCGGUUCUAGCGCGACGAAAGUUCAGCUUUCCGGCUAGCUUUCACUCCACCGUCCUACACGGGGACCACCAUCCCUCGGGAACACUCCACUCGGGAUCGCUCCAACCAACCAGCACCGCAGCAUCCGCGGCCCGACGACGACUUAGCAACGUCAGCGAUGUGGUCACCCGCAAGUUGUCCAGCACGAUCGGCUGGAAGCAACCGGUUCUCCCCUCGCAGGACAUCAUCACCCAGGGCAAGUGCCUGUGCGGCCAGUACAUCCGGUGUCGGCUGAAAAAGUCCGGCGUGUUCAACCGGAAGUUGGGACUGCAACGGAUCCGCAGCAUCGUCGGAACGCCCUCGAUUCACGUUGUCCGCGAGGUGUUCCCAGCGCUGCUAAGUGUCGGUGACGAGCUGGAGCGGAUGUACCCCCGCGUGUACACCGGAAUCGCCCGCCAGUUGACGCGCUUUGGCCGCGGUGAGCUCAAAACGCCCGAAACGGCACCCGUGCUGCUGAGUGCGAUCGCCCGGGACCUGUUCAAGGCGGACAUCACCUGGGGCAAGGUCGUGUCGCUGUUUGCCAUUGCCGGGGGCCUCUCGGUCGACUGUGUCCGCCAGGGCCACCCGGACUACCUGCCAAAGCUGAUCGAAGGCGUGGCAGACGUCAUCGAGGACGAGCUGGUCACGUGGAUCUCGGAGAAUGGGGGUUGGGUUGGCCUGGCGAACAAGGUUCGGCCACCACCGGAGGAGAUCACCUUCGCGGGAAGGUGUUUUGUUGGCGCCAGUUUGGUGAUGUGUUUGUUCAUGUUUGUGCUUUUGUUGAAGACGAUAGGGUUGUAUUUAUGGCCAAAUACAUUUGGAUAGCGA